UUCGAUUCAGUGUGGAACGGGUUUCCAUUUGAGUACAAAGCAACAGCAGCAACAUGUUUCUGAUCAAGGGCCUGGCUUGUCUAGCCCUCCUGGCGUUGUCCCAUGCCCAGUUUGCCACCAACUACCAGAGCGGACGCAACGGCAUGGUCCAUCUGUUCGAGUGGAAAUGGGACGAUAUUGCGGCGGAGUGUGAGAACUUCCUGGGCCCCUACGGCUAUGCCGGUCUGCAGGUCUCGCCUGUCAAUGAGAACGCUGUAAUUGGCAAUCGGCCAUGGUGGGAGCGUUAUCAGCCCAUCUCCUACAAGCUGAACACUCGCUCCGGCAAUGAGGAGCAGUUCGCCAAUAUGGUGAGGCGUUGCAAUAAUGUCGGCGUACGCACCUAUGUGGAUGUGGUGUUCAAUCACAUGGCCGCCAAUGGUGGCACCACUGGCACUGGCGGCAGCAAUGCCGAUCCCAGCUCCAAAAGCUUCCCGGCCGUGCCCUUCUCCUCGCUGGACUUUAAUCCCACCUGUGCCAUUACCAACUAUGCGGAUCCCACCAAUGUACGUAACUGUGAGCUGGUUGGUCUGCGCGAUCUCAACCAGGGCAAUUCCUGGGUGCGUGACAAGAUUGUCGACUUCUUGAACCAUUUGACGGAUCUGGGCGUUGCCGGAUUCCGUGUGGAUGCCGCCAAGCAUAUGUGGCCCGGCGAUUUGGAGGCCAUCUAUGGACGUCUGAACAAUUUGAAUACUAAUCAUGGCUUCAGCUCGGGCGCCAAGCCAUAUAUCUUCCAGGAGGUCAUCGAUUUGGGCGGCGAGGCCAUCUCCAAGUCCGAGUACACCGGCCUGGGCGCCAUCACUGAAUUCCGUCACUCCGAUUCCAUUGGCAAGGUGUUCCGCGGCAAGGAUCAGCUGCGCUAUCUGACCAAUUGGGGCACCUCCUGGGGAUUUGCCGCCUCCGAUCGCUCCCUUGUCUUUGUCGAUAAUCACGAUAACCAGCGCGGUCAUGGUGCCGGCGGUGCCGAUGUGCUCACCUACAAGGUGCCCAAGCAGUACAAGAUGGCCUCCGCCUUCAUGUUGGCCCAUCCCUUUGGCACGCCACGCAUCAUGUCCUCCUUUGCCUUCGAUGACACCGACCAGGGACCACCGACCACCGAUGGCCACAACAUUGCCUCGCCACAAUUCAACAGCGACAACUCCUGCAGCGGCGGCUGGGUGUGCGAGCAUCGUUGGCGCCAGAUCUACAAUAUGGUUGCCUUCAGGAAUGCCGUCGGCGAUGCCCAGCUGCAGAACUGGUGGGAUAAUGGCAGCAAUCAGAUCUCGUUCAGCCGCGGCAGCCAGGGCUUUGUUGCCUUCAAUAAUGACAACUAUGAUCUGAAUAGCUCGCUGCAGACUGGCCUGUCCGCCGGCACCUAUUGCGAUGUCAUUUCCGGCACAAAGAGCGGUUCCGGCUGCACCGGCAAAACCAUCACCGUUGGCUCUGAUGGACGCGCCAAUAUUUAUAUUGGCAGCUCCGAGGAGGAUGGCGUCGUUGCCAUCCAUGUCAAUGCCAAAUUGUAGGCCAAUAUCUCCUUUACCACUUUUCAACACAAUGAGAUUAUAUACGUAUACAUAUAUUUUAUUUCGGCGAACAUAAAAGCAACCGACUUUCAAUUUUA